ACCUGAGCAGUUGAGGAUUAGGCGGCCUCGACCGAUGUUGAAUUAUCGCUGCUCUCAUGCGCUCGCCUCUUGCGCUGUGAGCUGUAUCGGCUAGAUUCCAAAAUGGAGGUGCGGGGGCGAGGAGAGAGACUGGGUCGCAAGGCUUCAUGGGCUCAUGGCCUCAGGAGCGAGCAACAACGCGGUAACACGGGGGGCACGGGGGCAAAGGCUCCGGCAACAUGCUGCGACGAUCACUCGAGAUUCUGUCGGCACACGGCUUGGCAGCCUGACGGCCUGGCGGCCUGGUGCGCGACAUUAACCUGUGCGUUUACCCCUGGUGCAGGCCAAGGCAAACACCGGCUGGUCCGGCUCGUGUCGCAUCCGUGCCUCCGCCUCUUCCAGCUGAGGUGAGGCAAGGCGAGGUUAGGUCAAGUGAGGUACCGGAGCCCACCCCCGGCCCCACUUAUCCCCACUUGAUUUUGAGCUCGUUCUCCUCGCCUCGCCGCUUCCGAACAGUAACCAGCACAGUGAGCUGGAGAAGCACAGACCUUCG